CCUCUGCUCUAGGACAUGCACUAUCAACAUCCACAUUGCCAUGGAGCACCCAGAGCUUCUACCGGCCACAACGCCCACACGCGCCUUGCUGCGCCGCUUACGACGUCGUUCUUCUCUCGCUCCAUCCACUUCCUGCAACUUCCCUCUCGCACCUCCUCCACCAGUAGCUACAAGCGACAGAAUGGCUCCAGCUACGAGGUCCGCUACAAGGACCGGCAAAGGAGCAAAAGUCCGUGCUGGUACAGCGACGGGAGCUGAGACGCCUUGCCCGCAGCAGCGAAGAGGGGGCCCACGCUUGACUUGGGAGGCAGCUCGUAAGCUCGAGUCCGAGUUUGAAGCUCAAGAGAAGAUACUACAAGGCCUUCAACGAGACAACGAAUCCAAGACAAUCGAAGUCGAGCACCUCCGCCGCGAAGCCCGCGUCAUGACCAGCUUCCUCAGCACGCAGUACGGCGAUCACUGGGAGAAGAUCGUCUUUGGCGGGCAGAGGCGUGCAUCAACAAUGCUGGCGGCCGCACCUACGGCGAUUGCCACGCCUAAGAUGGGAGCGACGACGACCAAGUUGCCCAGCUUCCUUCUUCACGAGAAUGAUGACGACAACAGCCUAUCGCAGUCGAUGGCAACAUCCACGGAGACAGCGAGCACGAGAAGCAGUCCUCGCCGCAAGCAGCGCUCCGCACGCUCUAUGCCCAACUCACCAGUCAAGCCCGAUGAUACCCGCGGCACAACGCUCUUCUGGGAGGCCAACGAUGCCAGUUUCGAAGCAGGCAGCAGUAUUGCCACUCGCCCUGACAGCCCCGCGGCCAGCUCCAUCACCCCUCGCCAGGUCGCGGCGGCCGACACAACCUCUUUGCUGCCCACCGAGGAGACGACAGGAGGAGAGACGGACGAUUCCUUUUUGUUGUCGCGCUUCCUUUCUUCUCACCGCCAGGACAGCGUCCACGAGAAGCAGGAGCAGGAGCAACGCCGGGCCGAUGACCAGCUCGGUGCGAGCAGCCGCUCGGACGACGAGGUGCAAGACAUUACUGCCCUACUCCUUUCCAGCUCCGUCAGCUCCAUCGCUCCCCUCUCUGGCGCAGGGCCCAUGGCUUCGACACCCGCCCACCAGCCCAAGCCAGCUACACCGCCUCGAAGCGCUUUCUCCUUCUCUACCGGCGGCGUCGGCGGCGUCGACUCGACGGAGCUCCUGGCCCAAGUCCAAGCCACCCGUGCCCUCGUUGAGGCCUUGGCAGAGGACAAUGACGCUCGGCUCGUAGAGCUGCGCAAGAUGGAGGCUCGUACCAAGAAGCAUGGGGAGGGCAAAGUGGCUGAGAUGCGAGCCUUGAUUGCCGCUUGAGCUGUCGCUGGACGACGUGCGGGCGUCGAGGCCUUCCCACCUUGUCCAUAUCAUCAUCUCCGUCGUGCUUCUGCUUCACUCGAUACCAUCGUCUCAAUGCUCAUCCAUCAUUGUCC